AUGGAGAUCGAGCCGAAGAAAGACGAGAUUGCUUUAGUCAAAUAUUACCGCUCAAAAAUCGACUCAAUGACUUACGAGUACUCUACACAACUUCAAGACCAACGUCGUUUAGUCUCGAAACGAAACCAACUGAACGAACAAGUACGUAAGAUGAAGGAGGAGAUUCAACUUCUUUCCGAGCCUUCUUGUUCUGUCGGUGAAGUCGUUCGCGCUGUUGGGAAAGACAAAGUGUUAGUCAAAAGUGCACAAGAGGGCAAGUACAUUGUCUCUGUGGAGCCCAACAUUGAGAUUAAGUCAUUGAAAACAAAUCAACGAGUCGCGUUAAAGGCGGAUUCGUACUCGAUCACUAAAGUCUUACCAAACCAAGUUGAUCCGUUGGUAUCUUUAAUGCGUGUCGAGAAAGUCCCCGACUCGACUUAUGAUAUGAUCGGUGGGUUGGACCAACAAAUCAAAGAAAUUAAAGAAGUCAUCGAACUUCCUAUUAAACACCCCGAGUUGUUUGAAUCACUUGGUAUAGCUCAACCAAAGGGUGUCUUGUUGUAUGGACCACCAGGGACUGGUAAAACGUUAUUAGCAAGAGCAGUCGCACAUCACACCGACUGCACUUUCAUUCGAGUCUCCGGGACGGAAUUGGUUCAAAAAUACAUUGGUGAGGGAAGUCGAAUGGUCAGAGAACUGUUUGUGAUGGCGAGAGAACACGCACCAUCAAUCAUCUUCAUGGAUGAAAUCGAUUCAAUCGGAUCCACUCGUGUGGAAGGAAACAACGGAGGUGACUCGGAGGUACAACGCACAAUGCUCGAGUUGGUCAAUCAACUCGACGGGUUUGAGCCGACGAAAAACAUUAAAGUGUUAAUGGCGACGAACAGAAUCGAUAUUUUGGACCCUGCACUUCUUAGACCGGGAAGAAUUGAUCGAAAAAUUGAAUUCCCAAACCCAAAGGAAGAGGCGAGACUCGAUAUCCUUAAAAUCCACUCGAAAAAAAUGAAUUUGGUGAGAGGAAUCGACUUGAAGAAAAUCGCGGAGAGAUUGGAUGGUGCAAGUGGAGCUGAAAUUAAGGCGACUUGCACGGAAGCGGGUAUGUUUGCGUUGAGAGAAAGAAGAUCACAUGUUACUCAGGAAGACUUUGAGUUAGCCGCCGCUAAGGUAAUGAAGAAGGAUGAUAACGCAAGUAUCUCGUUGCAGCAGUUGUGGAAGUAA